AAUGCAGAAUGCGGACCUGCCUCGGGAACCGCUGCGCAGAUGUGUCCUGAAAGUCGACACAGCGCAGGCUGCUUUUUAGAGAGAGAGCAGAGAGAGGAGCCUUAGAGGAGUCACGAACCUUUGGGACACCGAAACACGAAAGAUGUCGUUUGCCAGAGACAAACUGUACAGCGGGUACUUACGGCGAAAAAUGCCGAUCAUCGUGUCCACGGUGAAAGUGAGAGAAAUAAUACCUCAUCUGCCUUGUUUGACGGAUCACGACAGAGAAAAUAUUGAGGCCAAAAGAGAGACUUAUGGAAACCAUGACGGCAUGGUGCUUCUCCUGGACUGCCUGAAGAGAAGGGAGAACUGGCCAGAGGAAUUCAUCGCAGCGAUCGAGGCGUGUCAGCAUACGACGAUCGCAGCCGAGAUCAGAGCCGAGUACGACUCUCUGAGAGGAGCCAGCAGUGAGUCAGCAAAUUCAAACCCCAGCUCCCCUCCAACGACUGUCGUCCGGGCACAUGUCCAUCCAGCACCAUCUGCCAUUCAGCCGCCCGUGCCAGAGAGCGGUGCAGACAGUCCCGCUGCUGUUUCUCCGCCAGCUGAAGCGGCAGCUGCUCCUCCUCCAGAGCCGGCCGCCCAGCCUUCGCCCCCUCUACAAAUCCCCGCGCGGCCACAAGCCCCGCAGAGCUCGGCGGCCGAAGUUCCAGAGGAUGUCCCCCCGCCCGAGCCCGUCACCGAGCCUCCAAAGGCGGCUCAGAUUGAAGUGGCACCUCCUCCAUCGACACCUCCCCCUUCUCCUACAACCGUGCGCUCUCAGGCGGCCGGAGACCUUUCGCCUCGGAGGGAGAUUAAUUUUCAGCAGGAGCCCGAGGAGAACUCUGAAUCGGACAUCCAGGGGAUCUCCGGCGAUAACGAAGUGACUCCUGAUGAGGCCGGCGCAGGAAAGGCAGGCGAGGUGUUGAUCGACUCUGUGGAGGCUCCUCAACCGCCCGGUCCUGUGGAGCAGAGUGAAACUGAAAGUCCAUCCUGCUCGGACCUCCUCCAAACAACAACAACAACAACCACCACAGAGGUCGGGCCACCGCGGAGUCCCUCUCCAACUGAGAACGACUCAGACGUGACUGAAGGUGCUCCCGUCACUACCAUGACCCCAGAGAAGCCCCCGGUCCAGGACACCACCCCUCCUGCUGCAGCCCUGGAGCCUGAAGAGACAUCUAAACCUCCUACUAAACAAACGGUUGAAACCAGCCCUCAGAGAGAAACAGCAGCUUCAGUCUCCCCCCUGCACGCUGCUGCUGCUGCUGCUGAGAUGGACGCCCCCCUCGGUGACGACGGCAACGAGUGUCUGAGCAAACCCUGCGACCUCAUCAGCGUCUGUCCAGAAAGUGAUGCCCCCCCUACCAUGCGUGCACCCAGCCCGCCUGUGGAGCCGUACUCGGGUGACAGCGAGCGUCUGGAGUUCAGUGAAGCCGCCCCCGACACUAUGACCUCACCGGACCUUCCUGCCUGCGCUGCUCUCAGCUCCACCACUGCUAACUCAGUCUCUGCACCGCCGUGCAUGGAGAACGGCUUUGCUGAUAACCACAAUGAACCGGAAGAGAACCAAUACGAUUCUCCUUCUCCGAGUUUGGGAAUGCAGGAGGUGCUUGUGAACGUGGGGCAUGUGUCCGGGGAGCCGUCUAUCCUCAACCUAGCCGGCCAGAACUCCCCGCCACCACAAGCUCAAAUCGUCAACGGUGAAGCAGCCAAAGACAUGAAAUCCCCGCUGGCAUCCACAGACCCUUCUGAUACCACAUCGGAUGUAAAGACCCCUUCAAAUGAGACUUACAACCCCCCCUCUGAGUCUGCACCGGCUGAUAUUUCCACAGAGCUGAAGACGCCACAGGAUUCAGAGGAGCAAACGUCCUCUUGCACGCUGCCCGCUAAUACAAAGUACAUUGUGGCUGCAGGAGUGGGGGUCAUCGCGCUGCUCAUGGCGUGGAAGUUUAAGAAUUAAGGGGAUUUAAUGGCUUUUUAAAGGAAGAGAGGAUUAGGCUUUAAGGGCUUUGGAAGAAGAAGGAUCUUAGAGGGUUCUGUGCCUUAUUGUAGUCACAGGCUGGGACGGCGUUGGGCAGCUGUUUAAUAAUUACCCAUAGUGGUUAUAAUAAUAAUAGCUGACUGGCCAGACCUUUGAUCGUGUCAUAAAUAACACCUCAGUUGUUAAAGGCUUUAUAUGUGAUGUUUUGAUCCAGCAGAUGUCGCCCUUGAGCACCAGCAUGAAACCAAAACAACUCACGGUGCAUUGUUGUGUUAGCAUGCUAAUGCUAGCGAUCUUUAUUAUGCUCGUAUCUUCACACUGCAUGUCAAUUUACCUGAAAUGAGCGUGAUCUAGAAACACAGUUAAGCAGUGAGUACAGUAUGUUAUUCUUCUUUUCUCUAGUCCCUCAAUUAAACAACUUUUAUACACGAGGGGAGGAGUCAGCCGGCCGUCCGGGCGAUGUAAGCAAAGUGAAGAUAGGACUCUGAAAACUCUGAAAACAUCACAGACAGUGGGACUCGGGUGUUACACCCAUUGUAGACAGUCAUGACUCACAGAGUUAUUUUCAGAGGAGAUACUUGAUUUAUAUAUUUAAGUGUGAAAAAUAUGCAUAUAUAUCCUCUGAAAAUAACUAUGCAGUGUUUGUUUUGGUUUCAUGCUGGUGCUCAAUAGUGACAUCUACUGGAUCAAAACAUCACAUAUAAAACCUUUAAGUUGGACUGUGUUUGAUGAUUUUACUGUUGGAAACCAAAUUCAUCCUUUUUAUUUUUUUAGUUAGGGGACUUGAUUUGGUCCGGGGUUGGGAUCUCAGGUUAUUUAUUGAUGGCGCACUUGCAACAAUUAUAUGUGGUUUGUGACGGCAAGAACAAAAGCUCCGUGCUCAUGAUGGAAAUGUUUGCACUCGUCUGAUCAGCACUUUGAAGAUAAGACUGUUGGCGUCCAUCCAGGGAGGAUAAGUCUGCCAAGUACCUGAUUACUUUAACUGGAUAUAAGCUGUGGAGGAUCCUCUUGAUAGUGGGACAAUUGGCUUUUAAUGAUGUGAGUGCAUCGUCUGUAUUUAUUUGUACAUACAUAUAGAAACCUACAUAUAGAUAUCUAAAUAUGUAUUUUAAUAAGGAGCGAUGUGUCAUUAGCAUUCCAAAGCUUCCACAAUGUCUGAAUUGUCUUAGAAAUUAUGCACUCAAAGAAUCAGUGAGCCAAAAAAACUGCACUUUUUUUUAGUCACCUUUAUUCCCAAAGGAAUCUGUGUCAUAGGGAUGCACCAAUCAGACUCUUUCAGGCUUCAGGGGGUUUUCUGAGCUGCAUGUGUGAAUGCAAACAAGACGCAUCUUUCACUCAGACUUCACCCGGAGUUUCUCCUUCCAGCCUCCUUAGUGUUUUUUUCCCCUGCAGAACGUGGGAGUGAACACAGCAGGAUAUAAUCAGGAGAAUUCACCUGGAGCCAGUGGGAGGGGGAGGUGACGUUUGGAUUCUGUGAUCGGUGCACGAUUCAUAGACUGUCUGCACGUCACCUAUACCAUCUCCGUGCUCUAAUCAACCUGCUGCUGCAUGUUUCCUGUUCUCCAGAAUGUUCUUCUCCACUCUUUAGUUCACAUUGUGAUUCCGUCAAACUAAACGCAGCAUUGAUAGAAAGGCAACUAUUCUCAGUAUCACUCUGUUGUGCCUUCCAUUGAUACCCCCCCACCCGCCCCCACAGUUCUCCUGUCUGAUAAGGAUGUUCUCCCGCUGUGAGGUGUAUGUGUGAACAACCAGAUCAGGAGGAUUUUAAGUGGCAGUCUGCCUGCUGUGUGCCUCACUGUGAGAAGAAGAAAACAUCAGUGUUCUCUCUGAGGCUUUAAAAAAAAUGGUAUCUGUCUGAUUUGUGCACUGACUGGCGUUCUCUCUCUCCCUGAGCUGAUAUCACAUUUAAGCCUGUAGUAGAUCCAUCGGACAUGUUGGCAUAGGAAGUGUGAAAUAACACCGAGCAGCAGACACUUAAGCUCCCUCGCUGCUGCAGCAGCAGGGGGAAGCUCUGUGCCUCCGUCUCUGAGCAAAAUGGCAUCCUGACAUGAUGCUAACCCCCUGAUGUAUUCUGCACAUGUGGAUUAAAACGUGGAUUAUUAUUUUUUUUUUCAAAUAUAUCCCCAGGAUU